AUGUCUUAAUUGAAAAAACUUCAAAAUGGAGAGUUUUAAAUUAUAUAUCCAAUUACAGCAAAAACAGGAUUAUAUAAGAAGGGUUUAGAAUAAUGGAUAUGCAAGCAAGUUGUUCCUCAAAAAAAGACAUAAAAAGAAUUGAUUGAUGAAAUCGAUUAAAUGAAAAUUCGAUUAUCAAAACCAGGCAUAUAUAUACCUGAAGGAUAUUGGGAAGAUAAAUAGGGUGUGAGUUUUGUUUAUAAGAAAUUUAAACAUUCAAUGGGUGAUUUAAUAAAAUUGCAUAGAAGAUAGGGAAAAUUCAUUCCUAUGAAUUUGAUGUAAAAAUAUGUAGAUGAAUUUACAAAUUGGCUUGAUAAAAUACAUAAAUCUAAAAAAACAGAAGCUUAGCGAUUUUUUCAUUGUAGAAUUAAACCUUCAAAUUUAUUUGAAGAUGAAGAUGGAGGUUGUGUGAUUACAGACUUUUAUUAAUUUUCAAAUGAGAAUAACGAAUAUUAUUUGCCUCCCGAAUCAAUAGCAACUAUUAAAAAAAAUUAAAGUUAAAGAUUUGCAUAAGGGACAGGAUAGUAAGAUUAAUUUGGAGGAGAUCCUCAGAAAAUAGAUGUUUGGUAAUUGGGAAUGGUAUUUUUGCAAAUGGCUUCACUUAAAGAAAUAGAAGAAUUAAUAGUAUUUAGAGAUUUUUAGGCUCAUGAAUCAAAGAAGGGAAUAGAAAUUAGAGAAAUAAUAAGAAAAGCAUAUGGAAAUCAUUUCAUUAAUAUAAUAGAGAAAAUGUUAGAAAAAAAUUCUAAUAAUAGACCACUAUUAUCAGAUCUUGAAGAUUUAGUAUAAGACUUUUUUUCUUAGAAUGCUAUUAUUGCAGAUGAUACAUUGAUAUCACCAUAACCAGAACUCUUAUUAGAAGAAUUAAAGGAAAAGGCAAAAUAAUUUAAAUAAUAAACAGCAACAUAAUAUUUAUCUAAAUAUUAAUUAUAACCUGUUAGUCGUAGAAUAAAAGCUGAAAAUUUUUGGGAGGCAUUAUAGGAUUUGAAAAUUGAAGUUACUGCAAAAGAGAAAUCUGCAUUUUUAUUAUAGUUUGACAAUUAAAAAAAUGAUGAGAUUGAUUUAUCUUAAUGGGUUUAAAGUUAAAAGGAAGUAAUAAAAUUAGGAGAAUUGAAUGAUUAUUAAGAAAAGGAAUUAUCAGAAAUGAUGAAAGAAUUACAUAAAUAUUUGGAAGAACAAUAAAUAAAUUUAUUAGAAAAAUUCAAAGAGAAUGAUCUUGAAUCAGUAGGUUAUUUAUAAUUUGAAAAAUUUGAUUAAAUAUUAAAAGAUAAUUAAAUAAAUUUGGCUGUUGAUGAUAUUCCAAUAAUUCAAUAGAAAUAUGAUCCAAAGAAAAAGAAUGUAAUAUAUUAUGAAUAAUUUUGUGAAGAUACAAAAUCUAUGAAUUAAUAAUAGUUGGGAUUUAAUGAUUUAAAAAUUAAGAUGUAUAAAGGAAUUAGAGAUAUUCAUAAUAUUUUUAUUUAAUUCUUUAGACAUUAUGAUACAAAAUCAAGAGGUGAAUUGAGUCAUGAUGAAAUGCGUAAAUUUUUAAAUGAUCUUAAAUUACAUCCUACUCCUGAUAUAGAAAAGUAAUUAUUAUCAAAUUUGGAUCCUACAAAUAAAAAAACAAUUUCAUUUGAAAAUGUAAGAAUAUUCUUUGAAGAAUUGAUUAAUGAAGAUGUUAGAUCUAUUAUAUAGGAAAUUGUUAAUGGUUUAGCAAGUAUAUCAAUGACAUUACCAUAAUUAAUAAGAAGUAAUACAAAGAGUGCUAGUAUUAUAACUAAAAAUUAAUUAUUUAAUGCUUUUAAAUAAGCAAAUGAUGGUCUUAAAAACUCAGAUUUUACAUUUCUAAUGAGUAUUUUUGGAGUAAAAGAUGAAAUAGAAUAUCCAUAAUUUAUUAAUGCAAUGGUGUAAAAAGGUAAAGAUUUGAAAAUAUCUAAUUGGAAAUAACUAUAAGAAAUAGAAAUUAAAGAAUAAAAAUAAGAGAAAAAAAGUACAUUUGAUGAUCCUGAAGAAUCAAUGCAUAAAUCUAUAAAAUUUAAUGCAAAAUAAUUUGAUUCUUAAAAAUAAUUAUUAUAGUUUAUCUAUAAAUAAUUAUAAGAAAGAGAAUAAACUCCUAGAUAAUAUUUUAAAAGUACAUUUUAAAGAAUGACUAUUACAUAAUAUAAAGAGAAAAUUAGAUAAUUAGAAAUUUAUAAAGGAGAUUAUGAAAUAGAAUAAGAAGAAUUAUUGAAUAAUCUUUUAGUUCCACAUGAUAAAUCAUUAGUGGAUGUUGAUUUAUUAAUAGAGGCAAUCCUUUAUUAUAAAGAUAAAAAAAUAGAGUAAUAUAGAUAUAGUCAACAUAAAGCUAUUAUGUUUAUUGAAUAACUAAAUAAAUAAAUGAAAAAGAAGAGAAUCACUUUUGCAGAUAUAGAAGAUUUGGAUACAUUGGGAGAUGGAUAUAUGCGUAAAAAAUAGUUUCAAGAUUUUAUCAAUAAAAAAUUAUAAUUAGAUACAGGUGAUAAUUAAUUCUAAGAUUUUUUAACAAGUAUUUAAUAAGAUUAAUAAAAUAUAUCUUUAUAAAAGUUAAAAUAAGGUUUAAAAUUAGAUGAAGCAUCAAAUAAAUUAUUAUCUGAUAUCAAUACAGAAUUAGCAUAUGAAUAAAGUAAGCCUGAAUAAGUAUUUAAGAAAUAUGAUGCUAAUAGAAAUACUAAAUUAGAAUUAAGAGAAUUUGCAGAAUUUUUAGUAUAAUUAGUUGGAGAUGUAGAUUAAAAAAUAGUAGAAACUUUAUUUUAAAAAUUGGAUGCAAAUGGAGAUAACACAAUUAAUUUAUAUGAAUUUAAAUAAAAAAUAUCACAAUAAGAAAAUGAUAUAUCAGAAUAAUAAUAAACAAAGUAUAAAUAUAAAUAAACUGCUUAAACAUUUACAAAAUAAUUAACUCCAUAAAUUAUGAAGGCAGUAUUUAAAUUAAAAGAUACUUUAAGAGAAAAUAAUGAAACUCUAGAAAUAUUUGAUAAAAAAGGAAGAGGAUAAAUCUUAUUAAAUGCUUUUUAAGAUAUUAUAGUUAACUUAGGUUUUGAAUUUUAAGAAUUUAAAUAAUUGGCUUAGUAUCUUCUAUCUCCAGAAGAUAAGAAGUUUUUGUAAUAUGAUAAAUUAGCAGUCUUAAUGAAUGAUUGUGAAGAAGCUGAAUAAUUAUUAAUAAAUUUAAAUUAAACUAUUUAAUCAGGUAAAGUGGCUACAGCAUCUCUAUUUUAUAAUUAUGAUUAAAAUGGAAAUGAUGUUUUGGAUAAAUAAGAAUUCUAUAAAUUGAUAAGAGAUAUUGAUCCUAUGUCAAGGAAUAAACCUGUUGAUAAUUUAUUCUUACUACUUGAUUCUAAUUCAGAUGGAUCUAUUAGUAUAAGUGAAUUCAAAUCUAAAGUUUGUACUAAAGAUAAACCUAAAGUUAUGGCAACAAUUAAUAAAUAAUAAUUAAGUAUAUUUGAUGAUGUAAUGAAAUUUGCUAAAGAUUCCCCUGCAUUAUUAGGAGAAUUUGAAAUAAGAGAUGAAAAUUAUACUAAUAAAUUAGAUUUAGAUACAUUUAUUAUGGUGCUUAAGAAAAAUAAUGGUCCUAAUAUUUAAUUACUUGAAAUGAAAGCAUUAGCUGAUUAAUUAGGUGCUUUACAAGGCAAUAACAUUAAUUAUAAAAUAUUUUGUUUAAAAGCCAAAUAGUAUUAAGUUGAAACUCCUUCCACUAAAAUAGAUGCCAUAGCUACUAAAUUAAGAGAGUAACUUAAAAAUAAAAAUACUAAUAUAAUAGAAUUAUCUUAAGAAUAUGAUAUUAAUUAAAAAGGGAAAGUAAAAGUCAAGGCUCUUAAGAUGGGGAUGUCUGACAAAUCCAUAUUAUUAAAUGAUAAUGAAUGGGAAUUAUUACUUACUAUAAUAGAAUAGGAUGCUUAAGAUUAUAUUGAUUAUUAUUCCUUUAAUGAUUUCAUUAAUUUAGGAUUAGCCAAAUAUAAAGAGAGUAGAAAAGUCUUAGUGCUCAAUACAAAUUAAGAAAUUGAUAGAAUUGUUAAAAGUUUCACUUAAUAUUUAGAGAAAGAAGUGUGUACUCUUCUGGCAAUGUAUAGAUAAACUGACAAAGAUUAAAACAACUUUAUAUCAUUUGAGGAAUUCACUGCCUUACUCUUAAAAACUAUUGGUUAUAGUACAACUGUAGAUAAUUAGAAAUAAUUAUUUGAUAUUUUUGAUAUGGAUAAAGAUGGUAAAAUUAAUUUUACAGAAUUUGAAUAUUAAAUAUAUAAAAGAAAUGAAAUUACUGCUAAAUAAAUUCAAGAAAUGAAAUUAGUGAUGUUAAAUGGAAGAAAUCCAUAGAUGGAUCAAUAAUUAUCUGAUUUAUUUCUAAUCAUUUCAUAAGGAUCUUAAUUUAUUGAAUUCAAACAAUUUGCAAAUUAUAUUAAUUAUUUUUAAAAAUAUUCAAUGCUUGAAUUAGAUUAGUUUUUUAGAUAUUUUGAUUAAGAAUAUUCAGAAAAACUAGAUUAAUUUAGAUUUAUUUUAGCUUUUAAAUAGUAAUAAAGACAAUCAUCUAUUCAACCAUUAACCUAACAAUAAUCAAUUUAAAUACCUUAAUAAUAACCAUAUCCAUAAAAUGUAUAACCUCCAUAUUAAUAAUAAUAAACUGGUUAAUAAAUGCAAUUUGGAUAAUAACCUUAAUUUCCUGGACAGUAACCUUUAGUAAAUGGUUAAUAACCAUAAUAUAAUGGAUAAUAACCAUAAUUUAAUGGAUAAUAACCAUAAUAUAAUAAUUAAUAACCAUAAUAUAAUAAUUAAUUACCAUAAUAUAAUAAUUAAUUACCUUAAUAUAAUAAUUAAUAACCAUAAUAUAAUAAUUAAUUACCAUAAUAAUAAUAUAAUCCUUAAUAUAAUUAAUAAGAAGUAGGUACUUCUUUUAAUGCAUCGAUUCCAAAUAGUUCUAUUGCCUAUCCUCCUUAAAAUACAAUGUAUAAUAAACAAUUUCCAUAAGAAUUUGAUAAAAAAUAAGAAUGGGUUUAGAAUGCUAAAUUUGAGUAAAGUUGGGUAUCAUAAGGAUAAGAUUAAUAUUCUUAAAAAUAUGAUCCAAAUUAAGCCAAAGCUACUAAACCUCAACCAUAAUAAUCAUAAAUUCCAAUUGAAUUUGAUCUUAAUUUCUAUGAUUAAGAAAUACAAAAAAAAUGUAUAUAAAAAAACAUUGAUUUAUUUGAUUUGUUGUGUUAAUAUGAUGAAACAUCACUUCCAGAUUUAAAAAUUUCAAAGCCUGAUCAAUUAGAAUUAGCUUUCUAAUUUUUAGAAAUAUUGGCACCUACACCGCAUGUCUAAUAAUAUUACUACUAUUAUUCAUAAGGUUAAAAUUAAAUGGGGAUUGUUUUACCAUAUUUGAAAAUGAAUAAUCCUGGUAAACUUUUAGCUAAAGCAUUAAACUUCACUAUGAUUAAACAUAAAUAAUAUACAAAACAAUAACUGUGGAAAUUAAUUGGAGAAAAUCAACCUGUUUGGUAUCUUCCUUAAUUAGAUAAGAUCAAUAAAAAUUUAAAAAUUGGUUUGAAUGAAAGAGAAUUGAAGGAAGCAUUUUAAUAUUGGGACACAGAAUAAAAAGGUUAGAUAACCUUUAAGAUGUAUGAUGAAAUUCUAACAUUGAAUUAGAUUGUGAUUCCACAAAAAUAAGAUGCUCAAUCUAAAGAUCCAGGUUUAUAAUCAACAUUAGAUACAUUCCUAUUACAUAUAUCAGAAGUAGUAUUGGCUAAAAAUUGUUUUAAUCUUUAUGAACAACUUGAUAAAAGAGGUUACAAUUAAAUAUCUACUAAUGAUUUUUUGAAUGUAAGUAAGAAAUUAAUAGGAUCUAUAUCAGCUGAAGAAAUUAAAUCUAUAAAAUAAUUAUUAUAAUAAAAUGGUUUUAUAAAUUUAAGUGAUUUAGCUAAACAAUUAAAUGUUGAUAGAACAAAAAUUAAUUAAUAUAAUUAAGAAGAUGAGAAAUAAUAAUUUGGUUUAGCAUAAAAAGAUUCACGCAAAUCUGUUUUGAAUGCUUAAAAUAAAGAGAAAUUUAAUAAAAUGCUUCCAAUAAUUAAUGAAUUUUUGAAAAAACGUAAUAAAUCAUAUGAUGACUUUGCACUCUAUUUCUUCCCUCCAAAUUCUAAUAGUACAAUUGAUAGAGUUUAAUUUACAAAAAAAGCAUUAGAUGCUUAAUUUGGAUUAUCUGCUACAUAAUGUGAAGAACUUUAUGAUUAUUUAGAUGCUAAUUCUAGUGGACAUAUCUCUAUUAAUGAAUUUAGAUUAGUAUUUUAAACAAAAUAAACAGAAUAAUAAGUUAAAAGAUAGGCUGAUAAUAUUGUUUAAAGUUAAGAUAUAGAAUAAGAAAUAUUAGAUUUAUUUAAUUAAAUUGAUGAGAACAAAAAUUAAUAAUUAGAUUAAAGGGAAUUAUUGAAGGCCUUAUAAUCAGUAGGUUUAAAUCCUGGAACUGAAGAGUUAUCAUAAUAUUUUGCUUAAUUUGAUAGAGAUAGAAGUGGAACUAUUUCUUAUUAAGAAUUCUCACAUAUAGUUAAAGAUAUUUUAAAAAAAGAAUUACUAUAAGCAGAUGAUUUAUUAGAAGAUUUGAGAAGAGAAUUCAGAUAAGUUUGUAAUCCCACUACACGUAUGUUAUCUAAAGAAUAAGUAAGUUAAGUAUUCUAAAAUAUGGGAGUACUUAUUAAAAAUGAAGAAUUAACAGAUUUAUUUGUUGAAAUAGAUGAGGAUAAAUCUGGUUCUAUUGAUAUAGAUGAAUUUAUUUAUUUCAUUUAAAAAAACUAAUCAGGAAUGUCAGCUAAAGCUUCAGCAGCAGUAAUGAAUAUAAAGGGUAGUAGAAGAAUUUCAUUACAUGAUUUGAAAGAGAUUUUCUUAUCAUUACCUCAAAACUUUAUUAUGAGUUUUGUUAGAGGAUAAAAUAAAAAAUUAUAAAAUCUGCCAUCCUCAUAACUAAAACCAGUUCUUGAUAAUUGUGGAUUUUUUUAUUAAGGAUUAAAUUAUGUUGAAGCAUCUAAUUUUAAUAUUAAAUAAAGCAUUUUAGAUAAAGUUAAUAUAAAAAAUAAUUUCUUAGCAGAAAUUAGAAUGAUUGAAGCAACAGGAAUACCUAUUCCAGAUGAAAAAGAUGUUCCUAGAAGUUCAUUUUUGAGAAGAGAAAUAGGCAUUAUUUUAAUUGAUAAAGCAAUUAAUAAAUAUGAAGGUAAUGCUAUUUAUAUACCUGCUUCAUGGAAUCCUGAAUAUGAAGAUAGAUGGGUUUUUGAUUAACCAGCAAUGGAAUAAGCAAUCCUAAUGAGAUGGGGUAAUUUUGAUGAAAAAAUGGAUAAUUUAAAAGAAUUAGUUUUUGAAUUCAUUACUUAUUCUGUUAAUAAAGGAAGAUUAAUAUAGAUAUCAUGUGCAUAUGGUUCAAUACCAGUCUAUUAAUUGAAACCAGGAAAACAAAUACUUGAAUUGAAAGGUGGUGCACCAUUGAAAGAUAUAACUAUAGAUAAAAAAGAUAUCAGAACUAAUAGAAAUGGAUGGAGAUCUUUUGUAAAAGCACUUUCUUCUAAUAUUAAAUCUUAAUUAGUUUUAGAAGUUAUGAAAUUACCUCCUUAGAUGGUAUAAAAAAUAUCAGCACUACCAAAUAAAUGCAUACUCAAUAAAUGGGCUUUAGGUAUGGAAUCAGCAUUUCGAGAAUACUUUGCUUAUAGAACAUAAAUGAAAGGAGAAAUUGAAUUAAAUUUAGCUAGUGAUAUCCGUAUUAGAGCAUGGUUACAUUGUUUCGAUUGUCCUGAUGCUACAAGACCAAUCGCUUAAUUUUGGAAUGAGUUUAUUGAGUAAAAUAUCAAUAAUAUUAUUUAGGCCAAAAGUUGGUAAUGAUUACCAAUUUUUAUUAAAAUCAGUAUCUAAAAUAGCUGAUUCAUUAUAUUUGAUGUUUAAAAAUACAGAUUUUAAAUUUUCAAUUGGAGAUCCAACAGCAAGAAUAGAUAAUGAUACUGUUUUACUUAAGCGAAGAUAAUAAUUAGUUGCAGAGGCAAUAGGUGAUAUGAAAAUUAAUCUUGGAAUUGUUGUUCAAUAAUAGUAAGAAACUAACACUUAUAUUUUAGAAAAAAAGCAUAGAUUAUUACAAGUUUAGAACCACUAAAUGUAGAAGAAAUGAUGGAUCUUGAUAAUGAAUCCGAUAUUUAAGCAUUAGAAAAAUUUUUUAAUAAAAAGAAAUCAAAAAAAUAACAAUGA